GCACGCGCGCCGUGGCAUGCAACGCAAGUAACCGCAUGCAUAUGCCUAUAUAUCAAGAAUAGAGUUCUAGACGAUCUCAAAAAAAAAGACUAGAGUUCUAGACUAUUAAGAUUAUUAGCUAACCAUCGAGCAAUCAACUCUCUCUCUCUACUCCGACAUACAAUCUGCUACCUUUCACCGGAUCCAUGGCUGCCGCCGCCGCGAGCAGUAGAGCGUGGGUGGUGGACGUGGAGAAGACGCUGGAAGAGGCCGACGCGUCGUUGGAGGUCUACCUGUGGCAGCGCCACAGCAUCUACCGCGUGCCGGCGUGCAUCAAGGACCUCAAGCCCAAGGCGUACCGGCCGCAGGUGGUGUCGCUGGGCCCCUUCCACCACGGCGACAAGGAGCUCCAGCCCAUGGAGGAGCACAAGCAGCGCGCGCUGCGGCACCUGCUCCGGCGGGCCAGGCGGCCGCUGGAGGCGUUCGCCGCCGCCGUGGAGGAGGUCGCCGAGCAGCUGGAGAGCGCGUACAUGGACCUAGGCGACCAGUGGCGCGGCGAGGAGGGGAGGAGGGAGAAGUUCCUGGAGAUGAUGAUCGUCGACGGGUGCUUCCUGCUGGAGGUGAUGAGGGCCGCCGGCCGCGACGGGAAGAACACCGGGGACUACGCGCCCAACGACCCGAUCUUUAGUCAUCAUGGGGUGCUCUACAUGGUGCCCUACAUCCGCCGGGAUAUGCUCAUGCUCGAGAACCAGCUGCCGUUGCUCCUGCUGCAGAAGCUCGUCGCCGUCGAGGGUGGCAAUCCCCCGAACGACGACGUGAUCAACAGGAUGGUGCUAAAGUUCAUGUCCCCGUCGUCCCGGCAGCCACCGGCCGGCACCAGUCUUGGGCUCCACCCGCUCGACGUGUGCCGCCGGAGCAUGCUCUAUGGCCCGUACCAGGCCACACGGGACCCGAAGGACGUGGUGGCGGAGGCGGACAUCAUCCGGUCGGCGGUGGAGCUGUACGAGGCCGGGAUCCGGUUCAAGAAGAGCCACUCGGCGAGCCUCCACGACAUCCGCUUCCGGCACGGCGUGCUGAGAAUGCCGGCAGUGACGGUGGACGACUCCACCGAGUACAUGUUCCUCAACAUGAUGGCGUUCGAGCGGCUGCACGUCGGCGCCGGAAACGACGUCACGGCGUACGUCUUCUUCAUGGACAACAUCAUCGACUCCGCCAAGGACGUGGCGCUGCUGAGCACCAGCGGCAUCAUCCAGAACGCCGUCGGCAGCGACAAGGCGGUGGCGCAGCUGUUCAACAGCAUCUCCAAGGACGUCGUCCUCGAGCCGGAGAGCGCGCUGGACGCUGUUCACCGGCAGGUGAACGCCUACUGCGGGAAGCCAUGGAACAUGUGGCGUGCCAACUUGAUCCACACCUACUUCCGGAGCCCUUGGGCGUUCAUGUCCCUCGCCGCCGCCGUCUUCCUCCUCGUCAUGACCAUCAUGCAGACCGUCUACACUGUGCUGCCAUACUACCAGCAGGACCAAGCCAACAACAGCUCUCCAGCGGCACCGGCUCCAAUGUGAUCUUGCAGCGCAGCUUUUGCAUUCAUCUACAUGCAAGCGUCCCGGCUCUAUGUACAUGGAAUAUCUGUUUGACUUUGUUUUGCACUUUUGUGCCUUGAUUUUCUUGAGUUGCCUUGUGCUGCGUAAUGUUUUCGAUUCCAUUUGCCUUGUUUGAGUUGUUGAACCGAGGAUUCUGAAUUUGGAAAAGAGUGGUGCUAUUGAUCAAAACUGAAAUAAAGUUGUUUUUAACGCUCAA